AAAUAUAUUUCAGUUGCGAGCGGACCUCUGCACGGAGUGGAACUAAAAAAUCUAAAAAAAUAAUAAGAAAUAAUCAGUCCGCGGAAAACGUUGAAGUUCAUCCAUCUAAUAAAUUUUUCCUACUACAUAUAUAUAUUUCAGAUAUAUAUAGUAUAUUUCACACAUUUUUUCACAGCAGAAUUUUUUUUUAGUUUUAAGUUAAAGCAAAAAGCAUAGCAAGAAUUUGAAAGUGCCAACUGCAAAGCAAAAAAAUAAAAUAAAAUAAAAAAUCAACGCAUUGUGAAAAUUUUCGCAACCAUAAAGUAACAGCUGCAUUUUUACGAAAAGAAAAUUUCAUGAAAAUAAUAUUUUACUCAACUCAAAAUCGCACAAAUUGAUACGAAAACGGAAACGCGACGUAACGUUGCGGUGUGAGAGGGCGAUCUGCGGAUCGGGCGAGUGAAGAAGCGCGUUUAGAGUAGUACGUACGAACGUAACCCGACGUAACGUAACGGAUUUUUUGUGCAACAACGGAGUCGUAAAGAGUUUUUCGUUUUUACAUUUUUUUUUUGUGGAAUAAUGACUUUUUCGCGUAAAAAAGUGCUAGCAUUAUGCGUUUGUACGCUUUUGGCACUCAUCAGUUUUCCCGGAUAUGUUGAUUGUGCUAAUAAAAAGGGAUCACAGGCUGCCGCAGCAGCGCCACCACCGGCGCCCAUCGAACCUGAAGCUGUCAUCGAAGAGGUCAAUGCCAAGCAAUUGGAAAAACUAUUGACCGAUAAGGAUUAUGUUGCUGUCUUUUGGUAUGCGCGAAGCUGCGUCACCUGUGAUAAAGUAUUAGCGGAACUCGAAAAAAUCGACGAUGACACCGAUUCAUUUGGUGUUGACUUCGUUAAGAUUAACGAUAAACGACUAGCAAAACAAUAUGGCAUUAAAAAUUUCCCAGCACUCACGUACUUCAGGGAAAAAGAACCAAUUAUCUAUGAUGGCGAUCUUAUGGACGAGGAGGGUGUACUCGACUUUCUCACCUCACUCGAGGCCAUGGACCUGCCCGAUCGCAUUGAAGAGGUUAAUUCAAAGAUACUUUUAAAGAUUAUCGAGGAUACUGACUUUGUAGCUGUGCUAUUCUGUCCCGAUCAUGCCACGUGUCCGCCUAGGGUGAUGGAUAAACCGCAAUGUCGCAAAUGUGCCAAAGCUCUGCAAGAAUUGGAAAAUAUCGAUGAUGAAGCGGAUCAGUUGGGCAUCGGUUUUGUUAAGAUACACGAUGAAGCAUUGGCUGAGGAAUACAAUUUGGGCAAUCUUCCAGUAUUGGUCUACUAUCGUCAUCAAACGCCGAUCAUAUAUGAAGGUGAAUUGUCACGCGAAGAGGAUGUCUUGGAAUGGUUGGUGCAAAAUAAAUCGACGGGUGAUGAGGAUGACGUCAUCGAAGAUGUGACAGCUAAGACACUCUCCACAUUGAUCAGCAAUAUCGAUAAUUUGGUUGUAUUAUUCUAUGAUCAUGGUAAUGAUGAUUCAAUGACCGUAUUGGAAGAGCUAGAACAAAUUGACGACGACUGCGAUAAACAUGGUAUUCAAUUUGUUAAAAUUGAUGAUACAAAAGCCGCAGCGGAUUAUGGAAUCGAUACGAUUCCGGCAAUAGUUUAUUUCGAAAAACAAAUUCCAAAUAUAUACGAUGGUGAUCUCAUGGCUGAGGAGCAAAUAUUGCAUUGGCUGGUGGGACAAUUAGAGCAUGAUGAAAUUGAGGAUGUUACCGAUGAGAUGCUCGACAAGAUGGUGAAGGAGGGACGCGUUAUGGCGGUGUUAUUCUAUGAUAACAAUGAUAAGAAAUCCCAAAGAGUACUCGAAGAAUUGGAGAAUAUCGAUGACGAAUGCGAUGCGUUGGGUAUAACUUUUGUGAAAAUCGACAAUCCUGAAGAGGCCAUCGAAUACGGCAUAAAUAAAGUUCCUAAAUUAAUUUACUUUGAAAAAGGCAUUCCAACCAUUUACGAAGGCAAUCUUGAGGAUGAAGAAAAAUUGCUAAAAUGGCUCGAAGAGCAAACGACAUCCGAUCAAAUUGAGGAUAUAACCGAUGAGAUGUUGGAUUUGAUAAUUGAGAAAAUGCCAUAUGUCGCUGUACUCUACUACGACAAAGAUCAGAAGAAAUCACAAAAAGUACUCGCCGAACUAGAGAAUAUCGAUGAUGAGUGCGAUCAAAAUGAUAUCGCUUUCGUGAAAAUCGACGAUGAUAGCGAAGCUAAGGAAUGGGGUAUCGAUGAUAUACCAUCGAUUGUUUUCUUCGAGCGUGGCAUACCGCACAUUUACGAAGGCGAUCUAAUGAAGGAGGACGAACUAUUGGGUUGGUUGGUACAUCAGAAAAGACAUUCGGAAAUUCCCGAAGUCACCGAUGAGAUGAAGGACAAAUUAAUUGAGAAUACUGAACAUUUGGCGGUGAUUUUCUACGACAAGGAUGACAAACAAGAUAUACGCGUACUCAACGAACUCGAGAAUAUCGAUGAUGAACUCGAGAAGGAGGGUAUCGUAAUCGUACGCAUCGAUAAUGCUGCCGAAGCUAAGGAAUACGGUCUCGAUCACUUACCGGCGCUCAUUUAUUUCGAAAAUAAAAUACCCGCACUCUAUGAGGGUGAUUUAAUGAAUGAAGACGAGGUCUUAGAAUGGUUGAUAUUACAAAAACGUACAGCCACGAUUGAAGAGGUCACCGAUGAGAUACUCAUUGAAUUGAUCAAUGAUCAUGAAUAUGUUGUAGUCUUCUUUACGGGUCCCUGCGAACCGGGUGAGAAAUGUGAUAAGACUUUGAGUGCGCUGGAAUCGAUCGAUGAUGAGCUAGAUGAGGCGGGCAUCAUUUUUGUGACGACUGAAGAUACAAAUAUUGCUAAGAAACAUAAUAUCAAGAAUUAUCCACAAUUGGUAUUCUUCAGAAAUCGUGAUCCAUUAGUCUUUACUGGCGAUUUAGAUGAUGAAGAUGAGGUAUUGUCGUGGAUAACUGAUGAAGAUACACUGGAGAUACCCGGUAAAAUUGAAGAAGUUAAUACAAAGAUGUUGGAUAAGAUAUUGGCGGAGAAUGAUCAUGUGGUUGUAUUCUUCUAUCGCGAGGGCGAUAAACGUGCCCAAAAGAUUUUGAACGAGCUGGAGAAUAUCGAUGAUGAAUGCGAGGAAAAAGACAUUGAUUUCGUGAAGACCUCAGAUCCUGAUGUCGACAAGGAAUACGAUUUGGCUAGCCUGCCAGCAUUGGCAUUCUACAGGCACAAGUUCAGAACCAUUUAUGAUGGCGAUCUCAUGAAGGAGGAGGAAAUUCUUGACUGGGUCAUUGAUCUGCAUGAGUCCACAGCUGAUGUCAUCGAAUCGGUAGAUCGCAAAACGUUGCAGGUUUUGAUCAAUGACGUCGAACAUUUGGCUGUAUUUUUCUAUGACGACAAAUGCGAAUCGUGUCCACAAAUCUUAGAGGAAUUGGAAACUAUCGAUGAUGAUACCGAUAAGCAAGGCAUACAAUUUGUCAAAUCGAAUGAUGUCAAGUUGGCGCAUGAAAUUGGCAUUUUCGCAUUCCCCGCUUUGGUUUACUACGAGACGGGCGUACCAAUUAUGUAUGAUGGUAACAUUGAAGAUCCUCAAAUUGUCUUCAAAUGGAUUUUGGAACAAAAGGCCGAUGAGAGUAUAGAACUGAUAAAUCGUGACACACUCAAUGAAUAUAUAGGCACCAAAGACUUUUUGGCAGUCAUCUUUUAUAAAGAGGACGAUCCAGAUGCACCACGCGUACUCCGUCACAUCGAACUGAUUGAUGAUGAGGCAUCGGAAUAUGGCAUACAUAUUGUUAAAAUGCAUGACAAGUUGAUGGCGAAAAAAUAUGGCUAUCGCAAUCCGCCUGGCAUAACAUAUUUCCGUAAGGGUAAACCCAUUAACUAUGAUGGCGAUAUUGAUGAUGAGGAGGAGGUCUUGGAUUGGCUCACCAGUCCGGCGAAUAUGGAAAUGACCGAUCAUAUAGAGAAGGUUAAUCGUAAAAUGUUUGAGAAGAUACGCAAAUCAUCGGAUUAUUUGGCUGUGAUUUUCUAUAGCGAUGAGUGUAAACAAUGUCCGCGUGUACUCGCCGAAGUGGAGCAUAUUGAUGAUGAAGCCGAUAAGGCGGGUAUCGAUUUUGUGAAAAUCGAUGAUAAGCAAAUGGCAAAGGAGUUUGGAGUUUUUGCAUUGCCAGCUAUUGUUUUCUUUAAGCCAUCAUCGAAGGAACCAGUUAUCUAUGCCGGUGAUCUUUAUGAAGAAGAACAAAUUCUUGCUUGGUUACUAACGCAAAAGGACCCAAGCGGAGAUGUUAUCGAAGAUCUUGAAGGCGAGAAACUGGUUCAAUUAAUCGAAGAGUCCGGUUCGAUUGCUGUGUAUUUCUGGAACAAGACGCAGUGCGACAUUUGCACAUCGAAGGCAGCACGCAAAGCGCGCCUGAAGAAAGAGCGCGAGGCCCAACAACAAGAUGGCGGCGCUGGAGCAGCGGCCGCAUUUGGCGGUGAAGCCGAUGCGGCUACAGCCGAAGCCGAGGCAGCAGCAGCGGAUGCACCACCAGCUAAGACCACGGCCACUAGCAGCAAACACGACGAUGACGCCGAUGGCUGUGAGCAGUGUACGAAAGUUUUGGAGGAAUUGGAGAAUAUCGAUGAUGAUUGUGAUAAACAUGGCAUUACGUUCGUUAAGACUCGUGAUUUCUCGGUUGCCGACGGUUAUGGCGUGCAUGAGUAUCCGGCAUUGGUGUACUUCGAGGGCGGUAUUCCAAAUGUAUUUGAAGGUGAACUAAACGAAGAGGAGGAAGUGCUACAGUGGCUUAUCACACAAAAGACUGAAGAUCGUAUUGAAUUAAUUACACGUCAGAUGCUGGAAACUAUGGUUGAGGAAACACAAUAUUUGGCGGUUUAUUUCUUACCCACUGAGCGCAAUGGAAAACCACCCGCUUAUUGCCGCAGUUUUUGUUCGCCUGCCUCUUUAUAUGGAAGCAUGAACAACACCUCGAAACACGCAUCCAAACAAUUCAUUAAGAAUUACAUUUCACGCAAAAGAAAACGUAUCGAAAAUCAAGACAAAAUCAACUGUAAUAUAUGCGACCAAAUUCUCGAAGGUCUGGAGCUGAUCGACGAUGAAUGUGAUGUCUUUGGCAUUCAUAUGGUUAAAAUACAAGAUCCACAAUUGGCCAAACGAUAUUCGAUAAAGACAUUCCCAGCUCUUGUGUAUUUCCGCAACGGCAAUCCGUUACUCUUCGAGGGUGAUCUACAAAAUGAACAAUCGGUUUUGGAAUGGCUCAUUGAUGAUGACAAUCGCGAGUUGGCUGAUGAGAUUGAAGAAGUGAAUGAACGUAUGUUGGAUCGUUUAAUGGCUGAGUCCACAUUAUUGGUGGUGUUCUUUUACGAUGAAGAUUGCGCCGAAUGUGAGGAGAUCCUUGAGGAGCUUGAGGAGAUCGAUGGCGAAGCGGAUAUGUUUGGUAUUGACUUUGUGAAAAUCGCCAGCGUAGAAGCGGCGAAAAAGUAUGAUGUGGUGAAUAUACCAUCACUGGUCUAUUUUAGAAAACAAGUUCCUGUUUUGUACGAUGGCGAUUUGCAUCAACACGACAAGAUUAUAACCUGGUUGACAUCGCAAGAUGUUUUCGAAAUCAAAAAUGAGAUCGAGGAAGUGAACCGUAAAAUGUUGGAUAAACUGCUUGAAGAAAAUGAAUUUAUAACGGUGUUCUUUUACGAACACAAUCAGCAAGAUAGCAUUGCCUCGCUAGAAAAACUGGAGAAUAUCGACAGUGAAACGGAUAAUUUGGAUAUAACAUUCGUAAAGAUGGCCGAUUCGCGUUAUGCCAAAAAAUGGGGCGUUACAAAACUGCCAGCUAUGGUGUAUUUCCGACGUAGAUUCCCCAGCAUUUAUAGAGGUGAUCUUCUCUCCGAAGAUGAGGUACUGGAAUGGUUGCGCAAAAACCGUUUCCGCCAACCGGAACUCAACAUAUUCAUGUAUGCGCUCAUCGCCUUGGCCGUCGGUUUCUUAUUGUACACUGCCUUCCUGCUGCAAUGCUUCAAGCCAGCGCCACCGCCACCACCGCAACACCCCAAACAGUCGUGAUAAGUUAAACAAAAAACAUAAAUGGACAACAGAAUUACUACAAAUAGUUAAAUUUAUAAUACAUGAAAUUGCAUAAAAAAUUAAACGGAGCAUACAUACGUACAUACAUACAUAUAUACGUACAUAUAUACAUACAAAAAUACCCAGUGGAACAUACAAAUGUGGCACAACAAGCAAACUUACAUAUUUGAGGAAACAUUUCAAACAUACACGUACACACAAACGUAUAUUUUUUGUGUAAAGAAAAACGACCGAAUGACGUGCAAAACAUAAACACAAAAAAUUAAACUAUUUUGAAAAUUAUCAUCCAAUAUCAACAAUCGUCUAAAUUAGACGUCAUGGAAAUGAAAUAUAACGAACUUUUUUUUCAAACACACAUACAUGCAUAGCUACAAAGCGCACCCAAAUUAACAUUUACCAAUUUACCAACGUGAGAGAGAGAGACAUAAAAUGUAUCGAUUAUCGAUUUAUUAAUUCAACUUUGGGAAAAUGCUAUCAGUUAUGUGAAAUUCUUUAAAUAAAAUCGAAAUAAUUUUAGCGAAGAGUAAAAAA